CUGCCACCAGCAUGGCAGAGCCGCGCAGCGCUCUACGCUGCUGAAGCGACGGACAUGCGCCGGCAGAGGUGGGGGUCUCGUCCUUCCUGUCAGUGAUCCGGUGAAUCCUCCCCCCCCCACCCCUUUGAAGGAACCAUGGGGAGCAAAGAGGCUAGCAAGGGCGCCAUCGCCAACUCCGAGUCCGACUCCGAGGGCGGCCCGACACUGGCCCUGGAUGCCCGGUGCGGCGCGGAGCCGGGCCGGCAGGUGAGGAAGCGGAACAAGGCCCUGCAGGUGCGCUUCAAGGACAUCUGCGAGGCGCAGAACGAGCAGCGCGAGGCGGCCGGCCGAGGCAGGCGGCCGGCGGCCCGCAGAGCGGCGUACCGCAAAUACAUGACGGUGCCGGCACGCCGCUCCAUCCCCAACGUGACGCGAAGCACCGGCGUGCAAACGUCACCACACCUGUGCAGGCGCUACCAGACCUUCCCGUUUGAGCGCAAGAAGGGGCACAGUGCCAAGGGGCAUGCGGCCUUAGCGGAGGCCUGCGAUGGGCACGGCGACGGCGGGUUCGAGAAGGCGGCAGAGGCGCGGUGUGGCGGGAAGGCAGUGGAGAAGACGCGCGCCCUGCUGCACACUGCGCAGUGCGUCGCCACCGUAGAGCCCCACCCGGCCCGGAACUGCCUGGACGAUGCACUGCUCCCCGGCUGCGUCGCCAGCCGCACCUGUGCCUCCAACUGCAGUGUGGAGGCCGACUUCCAGAUCUGCAGCGUAAAGGAGGUGCGGCUCCCCGCUGGGGAGGUUCACUCUACCCCGCCGGCCAAGCGGCAGCUGCCCGGCCCGGAGGGGCCGCCCCCGGCCAGUGCCCCACAGGACUCAGGCUCCAGGGUGACGGGGCCCAUCACUUGGAACUCGCUGACGCAGGUGGAGUGCGUCGAGAGUCCGUCUGCACGCGGCAAGCGCAAGAAGGGGGCGCGCAUCAACGGACUGCCAGCGCAGUGCCACACUGCUCGCCGCCCCGUCGGGAAUGCGGCAAAGCCAGCAGGGGGCGCCGCCCCGCAGGCCUGCCGGCAGAUCGUACCCGUGGCUCAGGACGGCGACCUCAAGGCGCAGCUGCAGGUGAUGGAGAGCUUGAUAAGCUCCAGCCAGGAGACCAUCAAAGUCCUACUGGGCGUCAUCCAGGAGCUGGAGAAGGGAGAAGCUCACCGAGAAGGCCUCUCGUACCGGACCGGACAGGACACGGCCAACUGCGACACCUGUCGAAACAGCGCUUGCAUUAUUUACAGUGUGGAGCUGGACUUCAAGCAGCAGGAGGAUAAGCUCCUACCCCUGAUGAAGAGACUGUGUCCCGACGAGGAGGCUCAGUUUCCGUUGCUGCCUUACGCCCAGGAAGUCUUCACUUCCACCCCCAAACGCAAGUCCAAAACAGAGUCCAAAAAGCACGCCCGCUGGAAACUCUGGUUUCUAUGAUACAUCGAUUUCCCCCAUGCCUUCGAGGACCUUAAAGCCAAUCAGCUCUUUUAUACACCUGUAUGGACCAAUAUGACCCGACGCUGCAGUAUCCCUGGAUAUCGAAACGUCCCUUGUGAUCUACGCCGGAAGCCGAUAACCAGCAGAGUGAUUCUAUUUUAUUUUUUUGUCACCGUCGCCGAAAAGGAUUCAAACACAUUUCAGACUGAUCUGCAGAAACGGGGCAUGAAAUUGCGACCAUGCUGAUUUAUUUGUGGAUGAACGAGGUAAGCGAGGAAAUUGGAUUUACUCAUCCAUGGUCAGCUCCGUUCACCCAAGUCGAAAAAGGAUCAUUUCAUUAUUUAUUUACUUGAGACAUUUCAGUCACCUUUGUACAAGUGACUUGGAUUUAUUUUUUUUUUACAUUUUUUGGAUUCUCCUGCCACCCCCAACCCCAGCCCUGCUCCACCCAUGACGGGAUCCUCCUCGGAUACAGCAGAGAGCAUGAAGUGCUUUUAGGAGGCAAAAGCGCAAACUGGCAAAGCACAACACCUUUUCUAAAAUGAUCACGAUGCAUUUUUUUACUGCUCCACGCAGGACGGCAUUCCCGCUACGUGACGGAUAUACAUAUAUGAUAGACGGGGACGCCCCCCUGCAGCGUGUGCGUGACGGAUCGGAGAGAGAGGAAACCCAAGCGGAAUUCAGCAUUGAUCUUCUCUGCGCAUCGCCAAGCACUAUGGACUUUAUCGCUUCUGGCACCACUUUGCAAAACAAAUAAUGAGGCAGAUAUUUUUCUAGGAAUAUUUGUUAAGCUAGGCAUCUCAACGUGAUUCUUUUUUUUUUAGAGGACUAUACAGACAUAAUGAUUAAUUAGAUUACUCGUCCCGUUUUUAAACGGCACAGUAUUUUGGUGAAAAGGACUUGAGUGGUGUUAUGGAAGCGCUGAAAAUGGUGCAUAAGUUUUUUUUUGUUUUUUUUUUGGGGGGGGUGGGAUAUUUAAGUAGAAUAUAAAGGCCAAGGGUAAGUAACCAGGGCAUAAGACUGCACACUACACUUCUACCAUUUAGAACACUGACUGGUACAUCUGUCUGUUACCACUAUCAACUUUGUUAUCCUUUAAGCAGAGUUUGCUAUCAAUUACUGGAUUUGAUCGUGCAAAUCCAGCAAACAGGGAUGCUUCUGCUGCACACUGCAGAAACCACGCUCAGUAAUGCGGAAUUUUAAACCCAUGAAUCUAAAAGGGUUAAGCGUCCGUUACAACGGGGGUGUGGGCCGGGAAGAACCCUAGAAACCCCCACCCCAGUGAAAGACAUGA